AUGGGCCAACAGUUCGGCGUCGAUACGUGCGGCUUGCUUGCGAACCUGGCGAAUCAGCUGAUAUACGAAAUCAACACCGUUUCGUCGCUGAACAGCGGAUUGCGAUCAGAGCUGCAGGCCAUAAUGAACAGGAUUCAUCUGUUAGCCAAAGACAGUAACAACAAUAUUCAGCAGCAGAACGCGUGUAAGCAAGUGUGGCAUACGCUGUUGUCCCAGGGCACGCAAAACCUGCUCUCGCAAGGACCUGAAAAUUCAAUAAAUACUCAAUCGCCGGCGAUCAGUUUUUUUCAAAAGAGGACGGAAGAGAUAACCACUGCAGUACAAGAGUAG